GACACCCUUCUGAUCUUCGAUUGGGACGACACGGUUCUGCCAUCCUCCUGGGUGCAGAGCCAGGGCCUUCGCCUUGACGAGAGCUCAGAGGUCUUACCCCACCACAGAAGGCAGCUGUUUGAGGUAGCCACAGCUGCAGCGGAGACGCUGCGAUUGGCAAAGCAGCUGGGAACUGUCGUAAUCAUCACCAAUGCUGAGCGAGGAUGGAUUGAGCUCAGUUGCCAGAAGUUCCUCCCAACGCUCUACCCUGCCCUUGAGAGCGUCAAGGUGCUGUCUGCGAGAACCACGUACGAGAGCAGCACUUUGGCGUCGCCCUUAGAGUGGAAGGUGCGAGCCUUUGCAACCGAGAUCGAACGCGUCUACGGCCGGGCGGGCCUUACCCAGCCCAGCAGGCGCAAGAAUGUUCUCUCUCUUGGCGACAGUGUCCACGAACGUGAGGCCCUGCGCCGCGCGACUUUGCAUCUUCCUGGCUGCUGGUCCAAGUGCCUGAAGUUCGUCGAGCGACCGGACAUCAGCAAGAUCUGCCAUCAGCAUGCCCUGGUCUGCAACCACUUCGAGAGACUCGUCCAGCACGCGGACAACCUGGACUACAGCAUUCGAUGCUGA